CCCCCAGCAUGCACCGCGAGCGCGAUCACGCGCGCCGCCUGCGCCAAGCCGUUCGGACGCCCAGGCUGGGAGGAGGUGAGAUGGCAGCCUCUUCCUCAUCCUCUUCAGCUGGCGGAGUCAGCGGCAGCUCAGUAACCGGAUCGGGGUUCAGCGUUUCGGACCUGGCGCCGCCCCGCAAAGCUCUCUUCACUUACCCCAAAGGAGCUGGGGAGAUGCUGGAAGAUGGCUCCGAAAGAUUCCUGUGUGAAUCCGUCUUCAGCUACCAGGUGGCGUCGACACUGAAGCAAGUGAAGCACGAUCAACAGGUCGCACGGAUGGAAAAACUGGCUGGGCUGGUGGAGGAGCUGGAGGCAGAUGAGUGGAGGUACAAGCCAAUAGAGCAGCUCCUGGGAUUCACUCCCUCCUCGGGCUGAGCACGGCUGGAUGGCUGCUGUCGGGGAGCAGAAGCAAAACAUUCUCUGGCCUGGCUUCAAAACACACCCCCGCUUACCAGGAUGCUGGCAGCUGCAGCGGCGCGACCGGGCUUCGGGCUCGCCGGGGAGUGGGGAUCCCCAAUAAAGCUGCCAGGAAACGCAGACCAUGGGAUUCUGUAGUCCCCUGCAGCGAUGCAGGCUGGCAGGGCUCCGCUCCUGUAACUGGGGAGGCAACCUGGAAAAUCACCAGAGGAGGGAAGAUGCACGGUGUGGUGGUGGGGAAAAGCCACCCGGCAGCUCUCUCUGCCCUUUCCUGGGUGACUGGCAGAAGGGGAAGCCCAUGGCCUUGCCUCUCGAGCUAGACCUCUGUAGAGCAGGGGUGCAGCACCCUGCCAGAAAUGCUCUUCAGCCCUGGCUGCUGUUUUGGGGGGGGGACAGGAUGAGGACUGUCCUGGGUCGGUUGAGAAGGGGUCGUGUGGAGGCUUUCCUGGUGGCACCUUGUGUGUCAGGGGAGCUGUUCUCUCCACUGCUGUUUCUCUUGCCCCAGCCCAGUGAGUGCUGGUAGGACACUGCUCUCUGAUGCAGAAGCUGUGUCUUCAAUACCCUGAACCUCUUGGGGUUUGGGGUUUUUCCCCCCUCUUUGUUAUGUAUUAGCUUGUUCUGUGAUAAUAAAAUAAUUCUUCCUUUGAAACCAUUUGUCCUUUCAGAGCUUGGUGCGGGGGUCUGAUGAAAGAAACAAUCAGCUGUUGGGGAGGUGACAGGAGGAUUAACCAAGCCCAGGGGCAGCCUGGCUCUUACAACCCUCAACUUCAGUUAAAUUUAAAAAGCCCUCUGAGAGGAACCAAACCUCACAUGCUUCAGGCUCAGAAGUGGAUUGAUUCAAAUCAGGUUUUAAUCCUGGUUUUAACUCCACCAGCAGAAAACCCUCCUUUAAACCCAUCCAUUUUUAAUCAGCUUGGGUUUUGUUUGCACUUCACUCCUCUUCUUAGGAGGGACUACAUUCCCAUUUUCUGCCAUAAUCAUUUCAGUGUGUUAAUUUUCCAUUGAUUAGAGCCUUAACACCAGGGUUUUGCUAGCCAGCAGGGAGCAAGGCUCAGCACAGUACGUCCAACUCCACGCUCCAGAUGCCUGGUUCUUCCAUUUUCAACAUCUUUAUGAGCUGAGUGUAUGUUCACUCACUAUUUCAAUCCAGCCACAUCUGGUUUGAAGC